AUGAACAGUCUUCGUUACCUCCCCACUUGCAUAGAGUCGAAGCCUUUCUGCCGGCGGUACUAUCCGCUGACGCGAGCAGCAGCUGCUGUCACUGACAGAGGUGGCGCUUCUCCGAGUCGUCCAGAUGCGUGCGCCGCCACCUCUGAGGCUCUCGCCAACUCUGCCGUGGGUUCUGCCGUUUCUGCAGUCGCUUCCGCUUCAGGUGGCGCGCAAACCACCUAUGGCCCCGUCCCCUCGCACGUGCGCGCGACGUGCGCCCUUUGCGCGCGUACCGCCGCGGUGCGCUGCGCCGCCGACCGUGCGGACCUCUGCGUGGACUGCGACGCGGCCGUGCAUUCCGCCAACCUCAUCUUCCGCCGCCACGCGCGCUUCGUCCUCUGUGCGCGCUGCGCCGCGCCGACCAACUGCCUCUGGCCGCCCCCGGCGGGUGGCGCGAACAACGCUCUUCCGCCGCGCGCAGUUUGCGGAGCAUGUCUUCCGCUUCCCCCUGACGAGACACUCCCAAAACGCCAGAAAUUCGACGCGUCCGCCGCAUUGCUACCCCCGGGACUUGCGGGCUCAAGCGGACUCAAUAAUCUCCUUUUUCACCCGUUCUCGGUGCAGCAGCAGCAGCAGCAGAAACAGCCGGAGAAGCAGCCGCCGCUUCUUACCGUGCCAUCUUCUUUCACCGGCGGUCCGCGAAGCCUGACGGCGGUAACCAGGAGCCAGAUUGAAGCGGCGUUUCCGCUGCUGAACGCGCUUUCGCGGUCCAACGACGACAUCUCCGCCGUGACGGACCAAGUUCCGCUCCCCAACUCCGCCUCCUGCAGCUCCCUCACUGGCGAUGUCCCCCCGCGAUCCCCCCCGACUCCGCGGACGCUCCAGCUCUUCCCCGAGUCAGCCGAGAGCGCAACCGCGCGUCAAGCGCACCAGUUCGCGCAAUGCGGGGAGAAGACGUCGCCUCCGGAUACCUGCGACAACGGCUUCUCGCGACAGCCGCAGGCGGCGGCGGUGGCAGAAUGUGCUACGGCGGACGCGCAAAGUCCUCUGGGACUCCUGGCGGACGUCGCGGGAGCGGAUGUCGCCGCUGACGGGGGCCCGGCGGAAGCGGCGGAGUGGAAGCAAUUACCAGAGCUCGCUCUCCGCUUGCCCGGGCCCCCCACCCCAACGGCGGAGGCACAUGCGCCUGCGGGAGCCGUGGAGCAGGCGGACGGGUAUUUCCACCUCUCUCCGCGCAGUAACUUGCGCCAUCAGGCCGCGGACCGCCUGCGCCGCAUCCUCUGCUCGUGGUGCGCGAAGCUGGCGCUGCGCGGGCGGCGCGUCGUCGAUCUCGCGUUGCACGUGCUUCAGCGCGCGCUUCGGGACCUGCCGCUCGGAUCCGUCGAUAGCAACGCGCUGCGCGUGCUGCUCGCAGCGUGUCUGUGGACGGCAGCGAAGCUCGACGGCGGCCGGCAGAAGGAUGUUCCCAAUGCCGCCGCGAUGUCUGCCGUCUCACUGGUGGAGGUGGGCGUGCUACAGGCGGCGGAGUUACAGCUAAUGAAAAUGAUGAACUGGAAACCUCUGGAAGGAUUUGAGGCAUGA